AUGUUGUAUCGCCAUGCGCCCCCUCUGUGGGUGGCAGCGGCUCAUACACCAACUCUCGCGCCUAUUUCCUGCAAGCUGAAGAGGAGUUUCACCACUGGGAAGGAGACCUUCGAUGCUGUACUGGAGGAUGUGGCAAGGCGGAAGGCGACUAACACAGGGGUUGGGGACACACCAGAGGACGUGCCUGAUUGUGAGGAGCCUCCAGCAGAGGAGGAGGAAGAGGUUAUGCAAGUGCUGGAUAUCGAUGACGAUGAGAUGCGGCAAAUUGCCAAGAAGAUGCCCCUCUCUGAUCGAACUGUCCAAGACGUCCGUGCAGAGCUGCAAGCCAGGCUGGACGGCCAAGUCUCGAGCUCAGCGGGAGCUGAGCUCGUGCCUGACGAUGAUGACGCUGGCAGCGAGGACGACGUCAGUCCGGAGGAGUUGGUGGAGGAUGAGGAGGAAGAGCUGACGCCGGCACAGCGAUUUUACUUGGAGAACAAGGACAGGCUUCUUGAGAGGGCCACUAGCUACUAUAUGGACAAGGCCAAGCAGGAGGAAGAGGAGGACCCUGAUGGGGUGGUGGACUCCUGGAGGUUCUAUAGGGACCCGGUGGUCCGACCACCGAAGGGCCACAUGUGGAACUAUAAAGACUCUGGUCGGGACAGUCUUCCUGCGGAGGAGUACGAGCCUAUCCAGUUCACCGAAGGGGAGAUGCCCACAGUUGAGCAGAUCACUCGACUGCUCCAGGAUGAACAGGCCCUUGAUAUCACUGUUGUCGAUCUCGAUCUGGUUGGUCGUCGAGACGUGGGCCUGUGGGCAAUCAUAGCCACUGUCCAGUCGGGAGGUCAUGGGCGUCGAUUGGCUUCUCUCUGUACUCGAACGGUCGACGAGUUGAAGAUACCAGGAGUGAUGACAUCGAUGAACGGGCGGAAAGCGGACGAUUGGGUCAUAGCUCGAAUGGGGGCCAUCGUCAUCCAUCUCAUGACCAAGACUAGAAGGGAAACAAUGAAUCUUGAAGCCCUUCUUAUGAGGCCCCACGACUGGAUGGGACCAGAGGACUUCCCGCAGUAUCAAGACUUCUGGGAUGGUUCGGAGCCGCCUGACUUCGUACUCCGCUCCCCCAAGGGCGUUACGGCAACAGUAGAGGAUCAGGAAAAACUCUUGGAGGCUUUCGACGACAAGACAGAUUAUGAUAACGAAUCUGAUAUCGAGGAGUCGAUGAAAGCAAUGCUCAAGUCCUAUCUUCGAGCGAGGGUCAGAAAUGAUAACUCGAAUGAUGCAACAUGGUGCAGUGAUGAGAUGAUGGCACGUAAUUAUGGAUCGAGACCAGUAAGACCGAAGACCAGGACCGCCAUACGUAAUGCGAGGACGAAGAUAUCGAAGACACACUCCCACUGCAGUAACGGCAACCCGACUAAGGUUCCUCCCAAAGAUACUGGUCACCGCCAAUACCUUUGGUUGAUGCAGUGA